CAAAUACAAACACAUCAAAUAGUUGGGGUGUACCGUCUAUGGGUUGGGUUUCGAGAAAGAUUACAAAUUCUGAAUUUUUAUAAUAUUUGUAGGUGAAAGGGUGCAAAGCGGAAUUGUGGAUAGAGUCGGAAACAAUUAAAAAAACGAAAAAACAAAGUUUGGCUGCGCAACGCAACCACGCGGUUUCAUUUAUUUUCCUUUUUUAUUUUUAUUUUGCAUCUAUCUCCUCUUCUCUUCCUCCCCCCUGACUCAGGUAAUUGGUGCUUCCAUGGACGAGGUGAUCACGGCCGCUGAUGCCUCAUCGAAUGGAUCUACAUCAUCACAGACCUCCAUCAUUCCCUCUAAUCUUCCUCUCCUCUCUGCCUUCCUCUCCUUCGCUCUCGCUCAGUUUCUCAAGCUUUUCACCACCUGGUACAAAGAGAAAAGAUGGGACUCUAGAAGGAUGCUUGGGUCAGGAGGAAUGCCCUCGUCGCAUUCAGCUACUGUGACAGCUCUGGCAGUUGCUAUUGGUUUCCAGGAAGGAACUGGAGGAUCGGCGUUUGCCAUUGCAGUGGUUUUGGCAUGUGUUGUCAUGUAUGAUGCUACUGGUGUAAGACUCCAUGCUGGCCGUCAAGCUGAAUUAUUAAAUCAAAUAGUAUGUGAGCUACCUCCAGAACACCCAGUUUCUAGUGUUAGACCUCUACGCGAUUCACUUGGUCAUACUCCAUUGCAGGUUCUUGCAGGUGCAAUGUUGGGAUGUAUAGUAGCUUCCCUCAUGAGAAGUUCCAGUUAGCUAGCAGAUGGUUAAUUAGAUUAUUAUCUGACUUAGAGAGUGAAUCACGGGCUCUAAAGGUCAUUGCAAGCAUUUCCACAGAAGAUUUCUCAACAAUUCCCCCCACACCACCCACCCCCCAACCCCCCGCGGGCGGGGUCAACAGUGAAAAAAAUGGACCUAAAAAAAGUAUGGCAAGUUUGUAAUCAGAAUUUAACUGUAAAAACGUAAAAAAGUGUGUUCUAAUGCCUUUGAACACUUGGCUAUAUGAUUGCUAAUCCCAAGUACAUAAAGAUGAUUGUGUUUUUAUUAUUA